UGCCAGCGUGCUGUUUUUAGGUCUGUACAGUGGAGUUAAUAAAACAAUUAUGUCGUUUGAAGACCUGCUGACAAGUCUGCAAAACUGUGUGAUCACCGAGGAUCAAGCACCUGGAAAUGUCAGCCAAACACUCGGGCUCUUAUUUGAUAAACUGUCUGAAUCCUCCAGGAGUAGUGGGAAAAGAUGCAAGGAGCGCUGCUUAGAGGAGGCUGUCCAGCUGCUGAGACAGUUGUCAGAGGCUCAGCUUCAUGUUUUAGAGGAGAGUCAUCUCCUGCUUCUUGUGAGACUCCUCAUCUCCAUGCAGCUGCAGAUGGUCAACAUCUCCACAGCCUGUCGUAAAGUGGACCAGAUGUUGCAACAUUUGGCAAAGCUGGACCACCAAUUGGUUUUUAGAGAAACCCAUCGCUGUCUGCACUCCAUAGUCGGUGCUGACCAGGUAUUGUCUUUUGAGGAUCUGCAGGGAGCCUGUAUGUUCCUAGAAGACAGCACUGUUGGUCGUGAGGUGUGGCGAGAGUCUUUCCCGUCCUUGCUGAAGAAAGUGUCACAGUUAUUCCUGGUUGUGCUGCAACAAGAAUCCCUCAGAGAUGGGCCGCUGUGUUACACUGCCGUCAAGAUGUGUUUGCAAAUCUUCCAGCUGUUGCCCGGUGAAGUUGCUCCUCUAGUGUGGACAAAGGAGCACAGCGGCCCGACAGUGCAGAAGAUCCUCCAGGCUCUUAUGGACAUUAUACUUGGACAGUGCUGCAACCGGGACACUUGUCUUAUGGCAGGCACUGCUGUGGCCAUGCUGAUCAACACCGCACCAGAGAGCAGAGCUGGAGAAGCUGCUGCCUGGAGUCUGCUACAGGUCUCUCACUUAGAGCCCUGGCUGCUGACUGUUGGUGCUCUGCAGGUGCAGUGCUGCCCUGCCAGGGAAGACGGAGUGGACAGGCUGGCUGUGAGCAGGGGCCUCCUGACCUGCUGUCGACCCAGCAUCCUGCUCAGUUCACAUGUGGAUGCCACACAAGUACAUCAAAUGUGUUUCCUGCUGAAAGGUUUGUUUCCUCUGGUCUAUGCUUUGUGUGAGGAGAAGCUGGAUUGCCACAUCUUUGCGUUUGAAGCACUAACUCUGUGGCUGAAGAAAGUUAAAGAAUGUCUGGCUGACAUCUUGGAGAUGACGGGCGUUCGCCUUCUGCCUGACAACAGCAGCCUGCAGCAACAGCUCAUUGACAUCAUCUGGACCACUGCAGAAAGCCCAGUGGAAGGUGUGUCAGAGUUUGUGCGCAGCGCUUUUUGUCUCCUGCUGGACCUCUACAACAUGGACUGUGAGCAGUUUUGUGACACAGAGAAGACUCUUUAUUUUACUCUACUUCAGCGAAUAAUCAAACUACCGUGGGAGUCCAAAGCCAAAUAUCAUCGCCUUUGUGCCUUGCUGCCAUAUCUGGGUACUGACAUGGUGCUGGAUCAAUAUGCUGAAAUACCCAAUCAUCUCCUGAAGUGCUUGUCGACCAAUCACCUGUCGCCAUGUGGAUCGGAGCUUUACAGGUGUCUGAUCCAGCAGCAGCGGCGAGAGCUGUGCGACGCCUCACACACUGAGCUGGGUCUGGCCGAUCAGUGGGCGAGGCGUUGGCGGCCCGUCCUUCACGAGGCGCUGACGACCGAUGUGACACUUCUACAGAACAACAGCUCAACACACUUAUUACCCUGCACCUUUCAAGUCUUCCCCUCUGCGGUGGACCCUCUGCUGGCCUCUCUGGACCCUUUCGCCCCUGGCCACCUCCAUGCCUGGGCCUGCAUCGUGAGCUCCUAUCGAGCGGCGACCGGAGGCUCUCCCUGGGCUCUGCAGGGUAGCUCAACCCUUGAAACCCUCCAGCUAGCUCUGGGAUCUGUAGAUGACAAAGUCCGUCUCGCUGCUCUAAACCUCCUCUGCUGCAGCCCAAAGACCAUAGACACCCCAACCCCAGAGGAGAUGUCAAUAAUGAGAGUGUUUAUUCCUCAGAACCUAAACUGUGAGUCUUCGUCUUUUCGACAACAUUUUCAGGCUGGAGUGAAGAGGUUCCUGGUUCGUAUUAGAGACGGUUGCUUGGCACAUGUUAGAGGACAGAAAGGCAAAAAGAAAGCCGCUCACUCAAAGAGGGCACAAGACGUACUGGAGCAGGGAAUAGGUUUUGUUGAAUGGUUGGGUCAACUUCCAUACAGCUAUCUGGCCCCAGGACACAGUUAUCAGAGGAAGAAGACUGCGUUGCUGUUGCUUUCUGCAGUGCUGGAGACCUGCACAGACACCUGGAGCCCAGACAAGAGGAAGGGACAACCUCCAGUGAAUAUGGGGUCUCUUAUUAACUGCGCCAGACAAAGAGGACACUGGGAUUUUGUCUGCAGGACAAAGCAGCUGGUCCUCAUCAGCUGUUUAGAAGAUUCUACGAAUGAGAUUCGGGAGCUCUCAGCUGGUUUAUUGGUGAGGUUUUUCCCACCCAGUUUCCCAGAUGACAUCGCUGCAGUGCUUCUCAUGCGAACCAGACAGCUUCUCUGCAGUCCUCGGGUGCAGGAGGCUCAGAUGGGAGCGCUGAUGGCAAAGGUCCUCCUUCAGAAAUCACAAGAGCAGCCAGAGGGCUGCGGGUUAAACGGUAACAUCACUGUCAGCGGUGGGAGUGACCACAAGGCCUCCUGCAUGGUCAGAUUCCUGGUGAAGGAGUUGGAGGAGCAUUAUCUGACAGCCAAGGCUGACAUGAUGCUUGCUGCCAGAACCAAGCCAAUACAUGGUGUUUUAAUUGCCCUCCAGAGGUGUUUGCUUGAGGCACCCAGCAGUGUGUAUGACACGCUUGACUACAGUCUGACCGUUGAGGUGCUGGUUCUGCUGGAGAACAUGUCUCUGCUGCUGCUGGGUGUGCUGUACGGAGACCGGGAUACGUGUGCCACUGAAAAGGAUGCCCCCCCUUCUUUUUGUGAAAUGGGAAACGCCAUCAGCUCUCUUAUAGCCCAAGAGUCCGGAGGAGGCCAAGGGGAUGGGGAGGAGUGUGUCCUGCUAUCUGAGGAGCACAACCUCGUUCUCACCUGCUGCUGGGUCUCCCUCAAGGAAGUAGGAAUCCUUUUAGGUUCUCUGGUGGAGAAAAUUCUCACUGAAUCCAAACCCAGCAAGUGCCUUCUAACAAAAGAGGAUCUAACGAGAGCAUCAAAAGUGUUCACUUAUAUUCUUCUCAAAUGCCGUCACUGGGGGGCAGUAGAGGGAUGCUGUGCCGGCUUCACCAAGUUCUGUGCCUCUCUGUUGUGCAGCAAUGAUCCAGAGCUUAGUGAUAUACCGGCCCACAUGCUGAAACUAGGCUUGCAGGUCGUGCGGUCCCCUCGCUCUACCUCGGUGACCCGGCGGGCUGCAGGGCUGCCUAUGCUCAUCCUGUGUGUUGUGUCAGCGGAGGAGGCCAGUAAAGCAAGACCACUGUUAUCCCACAGCAUGCAAACCUUACUGGAGACAGCCAAAACCCCUCUACCCGAGAACUGGGACCAAACGCUGGACCUGCCACAGGUGUGUGCGGUUCACACUCUGCAGGCCCUGGUUCGUGGUUCUGGUCUGGGAGUAGCUGUCCUUCAGUUCGCUCCUGCUGUAGCCAUCUUGUCACUCGCUAUGCUCAGUUCUCCCUGCUGGGCCAUGAGGAACGCUGCUCUGCAACUUUACAGUUCUCUGUGCUCGCGAAUGCUCGGCCAGCGGCCCAGCAGUCAGGAGGGGGGCCCCACCCAGCACGGCAUGUCCCCCCUUGCCUUCUUCUUCCACUACCCUGCGCUUCAGCCCUUCCUCCUGGGCGAGCUGAGAGGGGCAGCUCAAGACCUCCAGGGUCCACCCAAUGAGGCCAAGCUUCACCUCCAACCCUCACUCUUCCCUGUCCUCACUCUGUUAGCCCAACUUCAGCCUGGUGUCCAAGACUCAACGGAAGCUUUGUCAGACUUCCUGCCUCCUUUGCUCCAGCUGUCUGCCAGUCCUAUUUACAGUGUGAGAGCGAUGGCCUCCAAGGCUUUGGUUGCCAUGACUCCCCCCUCAGAGUACAUGGACAUCCUCAUCAAACUGGCGGCUCAACUGCCCCGUCCACACGAGCGCUUCUGUCACAACCGGCUCCACGGACAGCUGCUGCAGAUCAAAGCUACUCUGCAGAGAGCUCUCUGCACAGUCAGCGACCCUUCAGCUAAGCUGUGCGAGGUGCUGAGCAGGGUGGAGGCCUCGGUGUGGCUGGCGACUGAAGCUCAACGCUGCCCCCUGGUGAGAGCGGCCUACCUCGGAGUGGCAGACUCGCUAAGAAGACUCUGCCGUGAGACCUACCUGUCAAAGCUCAGCUACACGCUCAUGCGUGACCUCCAAACACCUCGACAGGAGCUUCAGCUCGGGUUGUCAUCCUUCCAUCAACAAGCCAUCCAAUUUCUAUGUGCAGAUCUAACGUGUGCAUGUCAAAUCUGGGACAACUUCUCUGCAUCAAGCCCUGAUCUGAGGCUCUCACUGGUUACGUGGGUGGUGGAUGGGCGGGGCUCGCAGCAGACCGGGUUGAAAGAGGUGAUCCAGAGGGUGUUGCAGUCAAACCUGAGGGAAGCAUUGUUGAGCGUCAGUGUGGAGUACCGCAGGACCUUCCUCGCAGCCCUGGUAGCAGUGAUGGCCGGAGGAGAUUCUACUUUGCCCCAACAUCUUCCUCAGUCGGCCCCACUGGAGGAGGCAGUUCGACUUGAGUGUCUGGAUUUGUUGCUUGGGGACUUGGAGGACCAGCGAGGGGGGCCAGAGUUUCUAUCCCAGGCUCUGUAUGCUGCUAGUCUGCUGCUUUCCCAGGCUUCAGGCUCCAGUCUAAAGAUAUCCGUGUUCCAGCGCUGGUGUAGCACCUUGGAAUGCCAGCGAUCCCCAGACGCCCCUGAAGUGCUCAGGAUGGCGUGCGCUGAAGCUCUGUGUGUGGCUGGAGUUCCUCUAAUGAGCCACAGCCCUCUGCCUGCCAUCACCAUCAGGUCGAUCGACACAGGCCUUUACUUGCUGCAGGACCAAAGCCAGCAGGUGAGGAUGAAAGCGGCCCAUUUUGCUUCCAUGCUGCACCAUGUGAGAGAAGGAGAAAGCCAAAGGAGCGUCUACCUUAUGCAGGUUAACCGGGCUUUGCCGCUCCUGCUGGACCUGCUGCUGGAGGAAUGCUGGGAUACUCCUGGCACACUGGAGGUGCUGCUGUGUCACCUUCCCCAGCCUGACCUCAGAUCUGUGCUGAGGGAGGCUUCAGAGACGGGGGGCUCCAGUCUGUACGAGCAGGAUGAGGCCAACGUGUUUGCAGAGCCCUCUGUGAUCUCUGCACAUGUGCUGCCUUACCUGCUGCAGAUGGCUGGAAAAUGCUGUGAAUCCUCUGCUGUGGCACAGAGGCUGAGUGCAUGGGCAGAGGAGAGUGCUGCACAGGUUCUGGACAGCCUUGAAGUCUGCAAAGAGCUCCAGCCAGCGGAGACGUUGACCCCGGCCUGGCUGGCGCUCCUGACGGACCCCCGUUUCCACGGCACCCUGUGCGGUCUGUUUACCAGGACUGCCCUUCUCCUUCGGCUGUCAAACGCAUCCGACGAUGUACGACACCUUUGCGAUCCUUCGGCGCUGCACAUGAGCUUACGGGACGUUUGUAGUCUGCUCAGUCUGAACGGUGUCCACUUUCCCUCUGCUGUAACAGCUGCUGUGGCUGGAGAGCUGCCGCGAUGACGGAACAAGGGGCCCUUUUUCUGUACACGCAGUGAGCAAAGCCGAUGAGGCCCCGGGAUGAAAUUACUUGCGGAUAUUUUGAGAAUGCUGAAUGACAUCUUCAUGUGCAGCCUCAGUCUUGAAUGAGUAGUGCAACUGCUGAUGCUGCAGUACACCAGCACUUAACAAGCUGACUACGUUAUGUAAGAGCUCAGCGGCCGCAGUCAGAGAAGAGACCCAACGGGCAUUAGUUGCCAUGUUCCUCACAAGCUCUAUAGUCGUGUUUUUUUUUCUACAAUGCUUUAAAUAAAAGUUUAUAAUAUUGAAUUUUCUUGUAGUUAGUUUUUUUGGCAUUAAGUUUGUUUUUUUUAUAUACCGAGGUACAGUCACUAGAAUAACUCCAGGUCUGUCUUUAUGAUCACGAUCACCUCAGAGCAAUAUGCUCAUUAUUAUUCCCAGAGCAGGGCUCCUGUCCCGUGUUGUUGUUGUUGUUAUAUGUUUGCUGUGUCUCAGCAGCAACAGAAGCACAACUCAAACUGAUGCAGUGAUGUAAUGCGAUAGCCUCUGGAGAAAUUGGCUACUUGGUGCCCAGCAGGGGAAUAUAAUGUGUGUUUUGAUGCUCCAUUAGAGACCUUCUGCCUGGAUAAGUGUCCCAUUUUCCAACCACAUGAGGACUGAAGAUGAUUAACUGGAUCUGAUAUCGAGCUGUCAGUUGCUCCGCAACGGACCACACACUAGAGCAGUCUUACAUCACCAGAGCCCACUGCUUUUGUUUGAGCUGGGUGGCUUCUCAGUAUCGAACAAACACUGAGAUGAAAUACUUUGUUCAUGCUAUGGUUGGCUCUGUUAGGCUGCUUAUUAAAUGUACAUGGACUUUUUUUACUGUUGUAUUCUCACAACUUUUAUUCUUUCUUGGGAUAUGUUAUUGUCAGAGGUGGUUGAGUUCUCAGAAUGAUAUCUAACCAGACAAGUUAUCAACAAACUGACUGUAAACCAGUUAUUUUGUUACUGUUUCACUUACUGGUGCAAAACAAACCCUUUUAGAUGUAAAUUGAUGGGCCAGGUUGCCCGAUUGGAUUACAAGACAGCCCGUCUGCAGCGCUCUCACUCAAUACUGAACCAAUUUAAUACAUUGUUAACCCGUUUAGUCAGUUUAACACAGAAAACAUGGGAAUAUGUGGUUCAGGUUGAAAAAUAAAUUAAAUGACCCUGUAAUGAAAUCUACAUUGCAAAAACAAUCCCCUAUAACUCAGUUUCAUGUAUUCACAAGUCAUUUAAGACGAAGCUUAUAGCACAGAUCUCUGAAAAUACAAAUGUGGCCUUAAACUUUGCUCUACUUCAAGACAAAGGCAGGAAAGUAAUUUGGCUUGACAGCUUGUCAAUGUGUCAGAAAACAAAGACGUACUUUUAUAUGAAAAGACAUCAAUUCUCUCUGAAUCUGCCUGAACCUGCAUUUGUGUGUCUUUUGCCUUCUACCUUAAAAACAAAGUUUGAGAUGUGAGUUUAAAAGCAAGGUCGGCAGUUUAUGGAAGACAAAGCUGGAAAAAUGACCAUCUGGCUCAAUAAAAGCCUGAGCUAUCAUUAUUGAGAGUUAGUUGACUCUUAGUAAGCUUACGUCCUGCUAAUUCAAUUACUAGUUUACUGUGGCAACAGGGAAUAAGGCCAAGUAGGUACAUCCACUUUUAUUGUGUUUGUGUGUGUGUGAGUGUGUGUGUGUACAUGCAAACAGAAAAUUGUUCCACUGUUGCAUCACAAGCCAGUGGAUCCAGAGGAUGACAGUAACAAGCUUAAUGAAUAAAUGUAUUUUAAAAGAAGGGUUUUUGUCAGUUUACCUGUGCAUUCAGAUUUUAAAAAAGAACCGUCAAUGCUGAAUAUAAUAAAGAUAACUAUUGAGGUUGUCAUAAAAUGUUUUUCUUUCAUCCC